CGGCGCUGUGAAUGCUCGCAGUUUAAAAAAGGUGAAGCUGACUCCGUCAGUGUGGUGGAGCUGUCUGUGACUGUCUGUGACUGUCUGUGACUGUCUGUGACUCCGUCUGCGUGGUGGAGCUGUCUGUUGCUUGGUGAAGCAGUUCACUUCCAGCAGAACAACAGGCUGCAGUGUCGGAACCGGCGCAGUGUGUUUGUGGCGCAGAGAACGGUCCAGUAAGGGUCCUGUUUCUUCCUUGACCUGCUCCCUCAGUGUGAAGCUGCAGCGUGAAGGAUGAACAAACUGUCUGUGGGAGAGAAAGCUGCUUCAAGCAGGUUGAACCACUGGGUGGACCCGUCCUUCACUGAUUUUCCAGGGGAAAGCUUUUCUCUGUCUGGAAUGAGAAAGGGCAGCUGGGCUUUGAGCACUAAGGCUGAGCCCAAGAGGCCCAGAAAGAGGAAAGGAGAAGGUGGCAGCUCAGAAACUCACGCAUCUUACCUGCUGAAAGAGUCAGCCCAGAGCGACCAGGAUGAGCCCUGGGUGGACAGAUACUCACCCCGUUCACAGGCUGAGCUAGCUGUCCACAAGAAGAAGAUAGAAGAAGUGGAGAACUGGAUAAAGGUUCACACGAACACAUCACAGGGUGGCAUCUUGCUGCUAACGGGACCAUCAGGAUGUGGAAAGACUGCCACAGUCCAGGUUUUGUCUCUGGAGCUGGGCCUCAGAGUACAGGAGUGGACCAACCCCACCAACCUAGAACAAUACAGCAAUAGUCAGAAUGACUGGAGGAUGAACGGCUCUUCCUGGACCUCCCAGUUAGUUCAGUUCCAGGACUUCCUCCUUAAAGCCAACAAGUAUAACUGCCUGAAGAUGGUGGGUGAUGGAGGAGCUACAGACAGGAAGCUCAUACUUGUGGAGGAUUUCCCGAACCAGUUCUACAGGCAGCCUGGCAGCCUGCAUGAUAUCCUGAGGCGCUUUGUGAAGACCACUCGAUGUCCUCUGGUCUUCAUAGUAUCGGACAGUCUGAGUGGAGACAGCAGCUCGCGCUUGCUUUUCCCCAGAGAGAUCCAGGAUGAGCUGGACAUCAGCAACAUCAGUUUUAAUCCAGUGGCUCCGACCACAUUGAUGAAGGUCCUGACUCGAAUUUCAACCCUGGAGGCAGGAAAGAGCUGUGGUAAGCUGCGUGUCCCAGACCAGGCAGUGUUGGAGACGUUGUGUUCAGGAAGCUCAGGAGAUAUUCGCAGUGCCGUGAACAGCCUCCAGUUUUCCUCCCUCCCAGACACAUCAUUGGAAAAAGGGCUGUGGAGGAGGAAGGACCGGCCCAUGGCUUCAGUAGGCAAAGCUGUUUCCAGAACAAACCAGAGGAAGAAGAAGUCCAAACAGACAAAGGAGCUGGAAGAGGAGCAGGCUAUUGGAGGGAAAGAUGCUUCUCUGUUCCUGUUCAGAGCACUGGGAAAGAUCCUGCACUGCAAACGGGGGAAUCCUGAAGAUGCUGAAGCAGCUGAAGUUGCCCCUACACCUGGUUUACCAUCUCACCUGUCUCAUCAUCAUAGAGAAGCAUUACUAGUAAACCCUGAGUUGGUUGUUGAGCGUUCACACAUGUCUGGAGAGUUCUUCAACCUGUACCUCCAUCAGAACUACCCGGACUUCUUCUCUGAGGUGGAGGAUGUGGACCGGGCCAGCGAGUAUCUGUCAGAUGCUGACCUCCUCACUGCUGAUUGGACAAGUCGCAGCACUAUGGGGGAAUACGGGUCCUCUGUGGCCACCAGGGGACUCCUCCACUCCAACCCUCGGCAAGUUUCUGUUGGCUUCAGGCCGCUGCACAAACCCAACUGGCUGCUGGUCAACAAGAAGCACCGGGAGAACUGCUUGGCUGCCCAGUUCCUGUUCAGGAGCUUCUGUCUGACACCAGUCAGCCUGCAGACUGAACUGCUGCCCUACCUGGCCAAACUUACCAACCCUAUGAGGAACCAAGCUCAGAUAGCUUUCAUCCAGGACGUGGGUCAGAUGUCACUGAGGAGGUUCCCCGGCAGAUUAAAACUGGAGGCUCUGACAGACAAAGAGCCGGGCCAGCUGGAGAUGGACACUGAGGAGGAGGAGAAAGAGGAAGGGCAGGAUGGGGUUGAGGAGGGCCUGCCAGCCAGUCAGCCCCAACCCACAACAAGCCAAGUUCUUUUGGAGGAGGAGGACCUGACCAUAGAGGAAUACAUCAGUGACUAAGACAGACAUCUGCUGUCAUACAGUGACCCUGUGUCACUUGUUCAACAUGACAUGGCAGAAAGAAGACCUGAUCAGUUUGACUUCAAAGUUUUUUUGUUCUUACGAGAUAUUUUCACAUUAUUGGGACAUACAGACCUGCCACGCUAUAACACACCUGCUCUACACUUCUACUAUUCAUCUGGUCAUAAUGUGAAAAGUUUGUUGUUACAUCAUAACUUAUGUUGUUAGAAGGUGAUAAUUUAUAUUAAUGUGAUGUGUUGUUAUAACAACAUAAGUGAGAAGUAUGAUGUAAUAAUGUGAAAACAUCUUGCCAUAACAUGAAAAACAUAGAACAUAUGAUAUAUAAGAUACAUGUUAGGAAGUUCACACACUUUACACACGUGUUCCUGUUAAAAAGUUGGUAUAACUCUGACUGUGAUGGUAAUUGCUGGCACUGGCAGUAUGUUUGCCUCGUUGAGGUGUGAAGAUAUGAUUUCAUUUUUCAAACUUUUUUUAUGGACCCUGAGUUGAAUGUGACUCUGUCUUACAUGAACAUAAUCCCACAUAAUCAUGGAGAUUGAUUGUGAUCGGGGACAGUUUGAAGUGCACGUUCAGCACUUGUUGUUUUUGUCCUGCACAGUCAGAGUGACUGCUGAGCCUGGAUUCACCUGGUCUACUAACUCUAACUGUCCAGGAACAAGCCCGGCCUUUUUUUUCACUUGGAUGGAAAGAAAUAUUCCAUGGAAUACUGAUGAGGAAAUGUUCAAAGCUAAAAAAAGUGUGUAAAUAAAAAGCUAGUAGA